AUGACUGUAAAAACCACCUCGCUGCUUUUUUCAUCCAAAGUGGACACCCACGCUCCUAUGGUCGUGGGCGGCAAAGGAAACCAUAUUUACAUCGAGGACCCGGUCACCCAUAAAAAGCGCGAGAUUUUCGACGCCAUGGGCGGUGCGGCUGUAGUAAGCUUGGGACAUGGCGACGAGGAUAUAGCCGCGGAGAUCGCAGCCGCGGCCAAGGAGUGCUCAUAUAGCUACUGCGCUUCUAUGACCAACUAUUAUGCAGAGAAAUUGGCGCAGUUUCUCAUCUCCAAAUCGCCGCGCGACGCGUUUGCAGCUGCGUUGUUCACGUGCUCCGGGUCGGAGUCCAACGAAAACGGCAUCAAGACCGUGCGCCAGUAUUAUUUGGAAAAGGGCCAGCCCGAGCGCACGGUCUUUAUUUCGCGCAAACAGUCCUACCACGGGUACACUACCGGAUGUCUUGCCUUGAGCGAGUCGAUGCGCAAAGAGCCGUUUCGGGCUGUCUGUAUGCCAGACGCACAGUUCCCCAAGGUGUCGCCAUGCUACCCCUACCGGGACAAGAAAAACGACGAGACCUUGGCUCAGUACUGCGACAGGCUCCUCCAGGAAAUUGAAGACACUGUAUUGGCUGCAGGUCCGAACAAAGUGGCGGCUAUUUUAUGUGAGACUUUGACUGGUUCAACGUUUGGCACCUCGCCUGCCAUUCCUGGGUACUUGGCUGGAAUAAGGCGGAUCUGUGACAAGUAUGAUAUUGUCAUGUGGCUCGAUGAGGUCAUGUGUGGCACAGGCCGCUCAUCUGCCACGGGCGGCUUGCAUUGUUGGGAGUCGUUCCCGGAUUUUGAGGGGCCAGAUUUGCAGUCCGUGGGCAAGACCUUGGGUGGUGGUUUUGUGACUAUUGCCGGGCUUCUCGUAUCGCCCAAAAUCCACAACGCAUUUGUGGAGGGCUCCAACUACAUUUCUGGGGGCCAGACGUACCAUCAGCAUGCUUUCAACUGCCGGGUGGCCUUGGCUGUGCAAGAAAAAGUCGACCGUCUCAACUUGCGGAAGAACUCGUACGACAAAGGUGAAUUGUUGGGACGUCGUUUGAAAGAAAGAGCAGGCGAGACCCAAACUAUUGGCGAUGUGAGAGGCUUGGGCGGAUUCUGGUCGAUUGAGUUGGUGAAGGACAAGAUCACUAAAGAGCCCUUCGAUAUGCAGGUGGGUCUUGGUGCCAAGGUCUCUGCUGCGUGCCUUGCCAACGGGAUGACGACAAUGGGAUUCGGGGGUACCGUCAAGGCUGUUAGAGGAGAUCAUGUGUCUGUCGCUCCUACCUUCACAUUGUGUGACGAUGAUGUGGAGUUCAUCGUUGACACUUUGAUAAAGAGCGUCAAGGAGGCGGAGUACGAAUUGCACCAGGACGGAUAUCUCUGA